AUGUCUUAUACUCCAAUGCCACCACCUUUGGGAUCAGAGGAAGAGAUCCAAAAUACCGUUCAAGAAUGGGAAGCUAAAUAUUCAAAUGUUGACAGAACAACUCGUAUGCUACAGACUCUUAGAGAGACACAUGAAACAGGUGUAGAUUCUCUUGUAAAGUUGGGUGUUCAAGGUGAACAAAUGAAUAGAAUCGAAAAACUAGCCCUUGAAAAUGAACAUGAUAUUGAAAAUGUUAAAUAUAGACACUCUGCAAAUGAAAAGAUCUAUAAGAAUAGAGAAGAAAGAAGAUUGAGAGAGGAAGAAGAAAAGAGAAUUAAAGAUAUCAAGGAAAUGAAUGAGAAUCAAAACAAUCCAUUUACAGAGGGUGCUGCCAAUAACAACAAUAGUCCAGAUAAUAUGGGCGCUAGACCAAGAACUAGAAAAGCAGAGCCAGAGGAAAGUGGAGGUUUGUCAUCUAGAUUAUGGGGACCAUCUACCGAUCACUCUGGAAAGGCAGAGGCAUCGAUGGUCAAUAUGAGACCGAUGAAUACACCUAACGAAAACGAUCUGCAAGACAAUGUUUACAUACAGAAGGCGCAUUGGCUCAAGACAGAGGAUGAGCAACUCGAUGAAAUGGGUUUGAUUCUCGGUGAACUAAAGAAUAUUGCUAUUGCCCAGCAUACAGAGGUACAACAACAAUCUCUAAAGAUGGAUGACAUUGGUGCAUCGUUUGAGAGAGGUAGUGACUUUAACUUGAAGCGUAAAUCAUCCAAGCAGGUCGCGAAAGAGAAGAAGAAAGCAGAGAAAGAGGAACAAAAGAAAGCAAAAGAAGAAAUAAAGAAACAGAAAAAUCUCAAUAUCAAGGUAGAGAAGGAGAUCGGACAUAAAGCAAUCACCAAAGAACAACUAACGAAAGGACCAAAACCAAAUGAAGUUGGUAAUCCUUUCUUGCAAUCUAGUUCAACCUAA